AUGGAGGCGUCUUGCCUAGCGAGCAGGAGUUGCGUCCCACUCACAUGCGAACCAUGCCGUCGCAUAGAUGGUUCACUAUCCCGUUCUCGGAGUCUUAGACCCGUCUGGGUUCUCCGUGCCGCGCGCCACGACGGCGGAAAGCGCGCGACGCCCGCUGCAACCCGUGAUUCCGCCAUUGCGGGAGCCGCAGACUCCGCCAGGCGGCGGUCCGCGCGCGCCAAGAUCACGUGGGGGCGACCGAGACCCAGCGAAGCCGGCGUAAGGCGGCGCAGUAGCAGCGCCGCAACUGGCGGCGGAGGCAGGGCGCUUAGUCCUAGCCGCGGCAAGAUCGAGUACCCGGACAGCGGCGUUUUCAGCGUGGACGGCGAGGAUGACGAGGACAGCGUCUUUCACUCCGUUGUCAUUCCCAGCCCUCGCGCGACGCUCGAUACGCUCCAUCUCGCCGCCUCUGCCGCCGCAAGCGCCGCUGUCAGCCCUUCUCCCGUGUCCUCCUCGUUCGCAGAGCCGCCAGGACCGGACUCGUCCGCGCAAGCUGCUGUUGAUGCUCCUCCUCCUCCGCCGCCUCCGCCUGCCACGUCGCCCACGUCUGUUGGUUCCGCUGGCCAUUCCCGGGGCGCUGUGGGUAAGAAGAAAAGCCGCCUUGCGAAAGGCAAGGCCGCCGUUUCCGGAGGCACGGGCGGCGGCGGCUUUAGCGAGCGGCCGGCGAUUGACGAUAUUAAGAAGGUGGUAUCUGGUGACGAGCCGCACUACCGGCACAGCCCGCAAGAAUACGAGAUCUGGCAUAUCGACGACGAAGGGAAGAAGGUUACGGAGAAGCUAGGCGGGUCGGUGGCGCUGGGGCGCACGUGGUGGGAGACGGCGUCCGCUGCGGCGACGCGACCGGCGCUGCAGCAGGAGCUGAUGACCCUGGCCAAGGAACCCGUCUACCAGGUGCUGGAGGUGAAUGGGCGCGGCGACGUGUGGCAACGGGAAGUGAGCCGACGACAGCUGCUCAAGCUCAGUGGGCUGACCCAGCGGGAUGUGCGGCGCAUCGACCCGUCGCUGUGGGUCACCAAUUCCAUGCCCGCCAUCCUCGUGCGCGACAGCGCCAUUCUGCUGAACCUGGGGUCGCUGCGAGCCAUCUCCACCGCACACACCGUCCUCAUAUUCGACUACAACAGUGUGGGAGCGCAGUCGUUCGUGGAGGUGCUGCUGGAGCGCCUGCGCCUCGAUGCGGACGUGUCCAUCAGUGGCGGGCCCGCCGUGCCCUUUGAACUCGAGGUUGUAGAAUCCGCGCUCAUCUCCCGCACACAGCGCCUAGAGAGCGCCUUAAUGGACAUCGAACCGCGCGUGCUCGCCCUGCUCGAAGUACUCCCCAACCGCCUGACAGCCGACAAUCUGGAGGAGCUGCGGCUCAGCAAGCAGGCGCUGGUGGAGCUGGGGUCGAAGGCGGGCGCGCUGAGGCAGAUGCUGCUGGAGCUGCUGGAGCACACCAAUGAGCUCAGACGCAUCACUGCCAUUGAUAGGCAGUGCCGCGUGAACAAGGAUGGGGGGUUUGAAUGCCCCACCGCUGCUGAUACUCUGCUUGCUGAAGAGGAGGAGCAGGAGAUAGAGAUGGUGUUUGAGUACUACCUGCAGAGGUGUGAGUCGUGCCAUGGGCAGUCGGAGAAGCUACUGGACUCGGCCAAGGAGAUGGAAGACUCCAUCGCUGUCAACCUCAGUUCGCGGCGCUUGGAGGUGGGGCGAUUGGAGCUGCUGCUGCAGGUCGGCACCUUUGCUGCAGCGCUGGGAGCCCUCAUUGCAGGCAUCUUUGGCAUGAACCUGCGCAAUCGCCUAGAGGAGAGCGCGCUUGCCUUCUGGACAGCCACGUUUGGCAUAGUGUUUGGCGGCGUGCUGCUCUUCCUCGCCAUGCUUGCUUACCUCAAGCACCGCCGCAUUCUCUGA